UAGCGGCUGCAUAUAGCCAGCUAUUCUAAGUACUUAUUAAUCGGCCAGGCUCGUGACGGUAUCGUUUAGUUGUCAAGUUAAUGUCGAUCGAACUUGACGUGUUACGUCAUUUUCUCCUAAACGAAGAGACCCACGUUAGUUUUUUUUUCCUAGUGACUCAGGAAUUUUGUCUUGCGUGGUGAUUCUAAUUUCUAAUUCUACUUUACGAAAUCAAAAUGUGCUGUAUUACAGAGAAAGCACACUGGAGCUGAUACUUGACAGACGAAAAUAUGGGCUGCACAUAACCUUGUUUGGUAUCUGCCAGGCAUGACAUAAGUGUUGACAGUGAUGUGUAAAGUUUUACAAAAGAAUAAGACAUUCGAAUUUUGAUAGCUGUUUUUCGUGUUUUUCUGAAUUCAAAGUUGCUUCAAAGAAGGUUAGUUCUAUAGCCUGUAGUGAAAGAAUAAAUAAAAAUGUCAAAACGAAAGCCCAUCCAUCCAACUGCAAACGUCAACACUAGUAAAGGCAAUCCUUUUGGGUCAAGUUUUAGGAAUGUAAAUAUAAAUUUUAGAACAAAUUCUAUGCCAGAAGACAGAGGAGGAACUCGACCCAUAGCUCCUCCAAGUUCAGUUAGCCUUGUUCUCACAACAAUGAUACUGCAUCUUUGCAAAAAGUCUUUGCUAUAUGACCCAAGACUGAAGGCUGUCGUCUAUUUCAUAGCUGUAUUGGUUGGUUCUAUGUUUGCAGAUAUAUUUCCUGUACCUAAGACAUAUUUUUCUAGGUCAAACAAUAUCUUAAAUAGAUUUUUCAUUAAAUGGGCUUGGGGUUGGCUUCUGACCACAGCUGGACCCUGGAUUAUUCUGACAGCUCAUACCAUAGGAUGCGGGAGAAGAUCGGUUCUUAUAAAGCAUAUUAUGCGAUUAGCGUUUGCAACUGCAGCAUGGAUACUGUGGAUGAACGUUUUUCAUUAUAUCGAAACAAACUAUGGUCGCUGUUUAAAUACCAAAAGUCGUGCUUUACAAACAAAGUCUAAAUGUCUACAGGCUGGACAUUUUUGGAGCAGUCUUGAUAUUUCUGGACAUGCUUUUAUCAUCAUAUAUUCUAGCUUGAUUCUCUCAGAAGAAGGACAUUCUCUGCUUGGAUGGGAACGUAUUAAGGAUUUGAUAAUGAAUGAAGAGUAUAAUAGAAAGAGAUCCAAUGAAGCUACAAAAGGACAUUUACGCAACUUGUCUGUCAAAGACUUUGAUUUCUUAAAGAAUGCAUACACAGCUUUGACACCGUAUCUAAGAGGCAUAUUCAUUGCAAUGACAAUUCAACAAAUAAUUUGGGAUGUCAUGCUUUUUGCAACAAUUUUGUACUAUCAUAUAAUAAUAGAAAAAUUCUUGGGAGGAGUGGCUGCUAUACUGACAUGGUACGUUAGCUAUCACUGGCUUUUCAGAAUGCCACAAUUAGGAAUAGUAAUGCCAGGAGAAGGAAUUUUCAAGUAUAACGAGCUUGUUAAAGAGAAGCCACAAGAAGAAGUAGUAAAAACCAAACGUCCUGUAUCCAACAAAGUACCCAUGUUCAUGGGUAGGCCUAUAAGAACUGGGAACGAAGAGGUUGAAACAAAUGACUCAAAAAAUAAAGAAGUGGAUCCAGAAGUAACUUUUAGAAAGAACUCAUUAUUGCGGUAAUAUCAAGCAAACGAGCGUUUGUUCAAUAAAGUACAAAAAUUCAAGAGAAGCUCAAAGAAUAAGUGGCAUAGGGUUUUUGUUAUGGUGACAGCUUGCCAAUUUUCAAGGGAACGAAAUAUUUGUAAUUGGUUUUGGUUUAGGUGUGUGAUACUUAUAUCCAUUUGUAAUGCUUAAGUCUAAUUCACAUCUACGAACAUCAUAAAUACGUAAGCAAGCCAUUUUUGGAAUGUUGAACUAUAUAUCUUUGUCAUCAUUUUAUUUAUACAUAGAUUUUUCAAUUGUGUUAUACACUUGAAAGUUUAUUUACCUGCUUAGUUGAAUUUUUAUGUAGUUAAUUAUUUAUAUUGAAUAUUUAUAAGUUUUUAGUGUGAAUUUUACUUGCAAAAAAUCAUGAAAUGUUAAAUUGUGAUAACAUUGUUGUUGAUUUUAUUAUAUUGUAUGAUUGGAGUGGCUUUUUGAGGGUUGCUGCGUUAAACUAUCUCACAUGACUGAAUAUAAUAUUACCUUUUCUCCUGUUUACGUAAAAUAUAUUUGUAUAAAUAUAUAAAACAGUUUGUAAUAAAUUUAAAAAUAUUUUUUGGUAAAAAA